AUGCCCAAGAUUCUUACUAGAAGAGGCAAGCAAGCCCACAAGAGAAGCUACAACAGUGAGGUUGGAAGUUUCCACCCUAAUGAUGGAGGUUUCUUUCAAAUACCAGUGGCACCCGAAGACCAAGAGAAGACGACUUUCACUUGCCCUUUUGGUACAUUUGCUUAUCAACGGAUGCCGUUCGGUCUUUGCAAUGCACUAGCCACAUUCCAAAGGUGUAUGGUUAGUAUAUUUUCAGAUUUUGUAGAGGAGAUUAUUGAGGUAUUUAUGGAUGAUUUUACCGUCUAUGGACACAUUGUUUCAUCAAGAGGCAUUGAGGUUGACAAAGCUAAAAUUGAUGUAAUUAAAUCCUUACCUUACCCUGCAAGUGUGCAGGAGAUUCGUUCUUUCCUUGGCCAUGCAGGUUUCUAUAGACGCUUUAUUAAGGAUUUUUCGAAGAUAGCUCAACCGCUUUGCAAGCUUUUGCAAAAAGAUGUGCCUUUUGUGUUCGAUGAGGAGAGUAGAAAAGCGUUUGAUAUGUUGAAAAAGAAGCUCAUUUCUGCUCCAAUAGUCCAACCACCGAAUUGGAACUAUCCUUUCGAGAUUAUGUGCGAUGCAAGUAACUAUGCUGUAGGGGCUGUUCUUGGACAGGGUAUUGAGAAGAAUCCUCAUGUCAUAUAUUAUGCAUCAAGAACGCUAUGCAUCAAGAACGCUGGACAAUGCCCAAUGCAACUACUCUACCACAGAGAAAGAGCUUUUGGCGAUCGUGUUUGCUUUGGAGAAGUUCAGGUCCUAUUUGUUAGGAACAAAGAAUUUGAUAUAGAGAUAAGAGAUAAAAAGGGGUCCGAGAAUCUUGUUGCUGAUCACUUUAGCCGGUUGAUUUUGAAUGAAAUGCCGUCACCAUUAGACUAUGAUUUUCCGGAUGAGCAACUCUUUAGCUUCCAAAAAGUUGUUCCAUGGUAUGCUGAUAUAGUGAAUUAUUUAGUUGCAGAUUUUAUGGGGCCAUUCCCAUCAUCAUUCGGGAACAGCUACAUAUUAUUGGCAAUGGACUACGUGUCCAAAUGGGUUGAAGCUAAGGCAACUCGGACUGAUGAUGCGAAGACGAUAGUGAUUUUUGUCAAGAGCCAUAUCUUUUCUCGGUUUGGAAUUCCAAGAGCAAUUAUAAGUGAUCGAGGAACUCAUUUCUGUAACAAGAUUAUAGAGAAUUUGUUCAAGAAGUAUGGUAUUACGCAUCGUGUCUCUACAGCCUACCACCCGCAGACAAGUGGACAAGCAGAAGUUUCGAAUAGGGAAGUGAAGUCCAUACUGGAAAAAACUAUGAGUCCUAAUAGAAAAGAUUGGGGCAUCAGGCUGGACGACGCUUUAUGGGCUUAUAGGACAGCGUAUAAGACACCGAUAGGAAUGUCACCUUAUCGCUUAGUUUAUGGCAAACCGUGUCAUUUGCCUGUCGAGUUUGAGCACCGUGCAUUUUGGGCUAUUCAGCACUGUAAUAUGCAGUACGGUGAAGCUGGUGCUAAUCGAAAAUUACAAUUGCAUGAGCUUGAGGAAAUUCGCAAUGAAGCUUAUGAAAGCUCCAGAAUAUACAAAGAGAAGACUAAGGCUUUCCAUGAUGGCAUGAUAUCUAGGAAGAGCUUUGUAGUUGGUCAAAAAGUUCUAUUAUUUCAUUCUAAACUCAAAUUAUUUCCUGGUAAGUUAAGGUCCAGAUGGACUGGUCCAUUUGUUGUUACUAAUGUUUUUGCUCAUGGUGCAGUGGAAAUUCAAAGUCUAGAGACCAAUAUUGCAGUUGGAAAUUCAAAAGUCUAG